AUGAAUCAGGAAGACUUUGAGGCAAAUUACUCAAAACCACAAUAUGAAGAGUCGUCAAAACUUCUGCCAAAAAUUAUAUAUCGUCUAAGAACGUUUUCUGUUCUAGAAUGUCUUUACUCGUUUUUCCCUAUUCUGCAGUGGCUUCCAAAGUAUCGAUGGCGUCAAGAUCUUCACGGCGAUAUUAUCGGUGGCUUGACUGUUGGCAUAAUGCAUGUACCGCAAGGAAUGGCAUAUGCUAGUUUAGCUGGUUUAGCACCGGUUUACGGUCUAUACUCAUCAUUUUUCACUUCUUCAAUAUAUGCAUUUUUUGGUACAUCUCGACACGUAUCUAUCGGCGUAUUUGCUGUUGCAAGUAUGAUGACCGGAGCGUUGAGGCUGCGACUUAUUCCAGACACUGUUCCAAUGAUCAGCAAUGCUUCAGCAUCUGUAAAUAAUGAAAGUGUAACUUCAACAGCGUUAGACCCAAGUAUAACACCGAUUAUGUUGACCAGUACACUUGCUCUAACUGUAGGUCUUGUUCAGUUAAUAAUGGCAGUAUUACAUUUGGGUUUCAUGACCACAUAUCUGUCUGAUGCUUUAGUAUCCGGCUUUACUACUGGUGCGGCAUGUCAUGUUUUUAUGGCUCAGGUCAAUAAGGUUCUUGGAGUCAAACUACCUCGUUAUGAAGGUUUUGCAAUGUUGUUUUAUAUGCUUCGAGAUAUGAUCUUAGCAGUUCCACAUGCUAAUUUAUAUGCAGUAGCUUUAUCAAUUUUUGGACUUAUAUUCUUAAAAAUCGGGAAAGAUUUUGUGAAUCCUAUAGUUAAACGGCACAGUCCAGUUCCCGUACCAUUUGAAUUGUUAUUAGUUGUUCUUUCCACAAUAUUUUCGUCUGUUAUCGGUUUAAAAAACAAUUAUGGCGUUGAUAUUGUCAACUACGUUCCGCAAGGUGUACCAAAACCAUCAAUUCCACCACUCCAGUUGAUCCCACUGGUUAUUAGUGAUGCUAUUGGAAUUGCCGUCGUUUGCUACAUGUUUGUCAUUUCAAUGGCCAAAUUGUUUGCAAAAAAGCGAAAAUAUAAGAUUGACCCCGACCAGGAACUGUACGCAGUUGCGUUUAUGUCACUGUUUUCAGCAGCAUUUCCUGUGUAUCCAGCUGGGGCAUCACUUUCGCGAAGUUCAGUUUGUGAACAGUCUGGUGCAAAAACACAAUUUUAUACACUAUUUUCCAGUUCAUUGCUUCUGCUGGUAAUUCUUUGGAUCGGCCCAUUACUGGAACCAUUACCAAUGUGUGUUCUUGCCUGUAUUGUGAUAAUCAGCCUAGAAAGUUUAUUUCUACAAGUGAAGGAUGUCAGACGUUUAUGGGAAGUUUCAAAAUUCGAUUGCGCGGUUUGGUUAGUUAGCUGUAUUGCAACAGUGACAAAUUCUGUUAUGACCGGUCUUAUAGUAGCCGUACUGUUCAAUGGCUUCUCACUGAUACUUCGGGAGCAAUGGCCUAAAUUACACUACCUUGGAGCUUUUCCACUAAAAGGUGUAUACAAGCCAGAAACCUAUUAUAAGUCUAUACCAGCCGUUGGUGAAAACGUCAGACUGUUGAGGUUUGAAGCACCUCUGCAUUUUGCAAAUGUCGUGCUGUUUAGAGAAAAAUUUGACAAUUUGAUGUCGUUAUCUGAAAAUAAGCAAGAAAACUUAUCUGAAAAUAAGCAAGAAAACACUAAGGUUGGAAUCAACAUUACCGAAAAUCCAAAACCUGAGAGUUCCGAGAUUAACUCUGAUCAAGAAAAAGAGAAGGUGAAACCGGAUGUUGAUGACACUAUUUUGCAGACUUCAACUGUGAAGAAUUCAUUAUCAACAAUUAUCAUCGACUGCGGUGCCAUUUCCUAUGUAGAUAAUAUGGGAUUGGAGGCUCUGAAAGAGGUCAGUUACUUGUUGUUCAGUUAAAC